GCGUUGUGCUGGUACAUGUCAGUGAGUGGACGGUGCGUUGUCAUCCGAUGAAGAGGAUGUGAAUCGCUUCGGUACCAAAGUGAACGCGCCAUCAAACAUUUGCGGACAUGGCUUUGAGGUGGCAAGCGAGGCUGUCCAUUGCUGCCAUUCUCUUCAUGUGCACGGAAGAUACUCUCAGCUUGGGGGAUCGCACGAUAGAUAACAUGGAUCGACACUCGAGCCAGAGCAGACCACGGAAUCAGCUGCUGGUGGAUUCCGCGGGCGUCAAGUCGAAAGCGGAGCCUACGUUCGACUACUCGCAGAACACAAACGUCACGGCACUGAUCGGAAAGACCGCUUAUCUCACGUGCAGGGUUCGCAAUCUGGGCGACAAAACCGUUUCCUGGGUCAGGCACAGGGACAUUCACAUUAUAACGGCGGGGGCGUACACCUACACGAGCGAUCAGCGAUUCCAAGCGCUCCACGGACAAAACAAAGGCCAAAACAACGAGUGGUCUGAAUGGACACUUUGCAUAAAAUGGGCGCAGGAGAGAGACCAGGGACUCUACGAAUGUCAGAUCUCCACCAUCCCCGUCAAGUCGCAUCAGUUUCGCUUGAACGUUGUCGUGCCGACAGCGACGAUACUGGGCGGUCCGGAUCUGUACGUGGGCGCCGGGAGCACGAUAAACCUGACGUGCACCAUACACUUCAGUUCGGAGCCACCGGCUUAUAUCUUUUGGUACUACAACGAGAACGUCUUGAGCUACGACAGUGUCAGGGGCGGCGUCUCGGUGAUAACCGAAAAGGGUGGAGACAUCACCACCUCUUGGCUCCUUAUCCAGACGGCGCAACCCUCGGACUCCGGGGAAUAUAGCUGCAAACCCAGCAACGCCAAUACGGCAUCCAUCAAAGUUCAUGUCCUGAAUGGCGAACGACCGGAGGCGAUGCAGACCGGAACGGCGGGACCCAUUUUAUCCUCGAGCUGUCUUUUGGUGUCUCUGAUCAUUUUGUACAUAUCGUCGGUGUAAACGAACGUCGAACGACACGAAGCGUCGCCGCAACGCCGCUUAGGCCGAGUUUAAGUCCGUCGGGGUACGUUCUCGUUAAGUGCGCGCCAUUGUUUGCAAGAAUCGAGGGAAUCGGUGGCGAAUCGGUAUCCCGACGCGCGAGGUAUCCGAAAGUUGGCUGAUAUCGAUCGUCGAUCUUCGAUCGAGACACAGAAGGUCCGGAAGCUCGGCUCGUCCCCCCAGCGAGAGAUCAAAACGACGCGUACGAUGGCUCGAUACGAACAAACUUGAGACAGUCUGAUAGUUUCUGAAACUUU